CUGCUGGAGAUGGAAGCUAACAGCUGACAGAGAGAACGUCUCAGCUGACGACCCUCUCUGAGCUUUCUGCCACCGACCGUCCGGCCGACAACACCGACCAACAUGGAGAACGCCGACAGCCUGUUCAACCCCAGCCUGGCAGCUGCUCUCAUCAAACUCGACCCCGAGGACGGCGCCCAGAUUGUCGAAUAUUUCAAAACUCACGCCCUGCUGAGCAGAGAGAAAGCACUGUUGCAGGCAUCUGUCAGAGAUCAGAAGAAGCUUUUGGUGGAAAACAGCAAACUGAAGAAAGACAUCGAGCAGCUGAAAAUUCAACUUCAGGAGAAACAGAGGAGACGCACUGCAAAGGCGCUGUACUCGCCAGCGCCUCAAACAGGUAGCCCCGCCUCUACGACACCUGCCAAUCAGCCGCCCUCCCCUGCUGGAGCGUCAGCGGCUGUUCCAGGAGAUCCUUCCCCUCCCCCCUCUGAUCGUAGAGAGAGACAGCGAGGGAGGAGGAGAGGCGAGAGGAAAGCUCGUCCCGUCUCUGACUCCCUCUCCUUGGAGGCGGAGCCUUGCAUCGAGCCAUCACGGCUGGACCUGCGGGUUGGACGGAUCCUGAGUAUACGGCGCCACCCGCUGUCUCAGACGAUGUCGGUUCAGAAAGUAGACGUGGGGGAAAACUCGUCGCGGACCGUCGUCAGCAAACUGGAGGGAAAUACGGACUUCGAGGAGCUGACGGGCCGUCUCGCCGUCUUGUUGUGUAACGUUAAAGCCUGCAGACUGAGGGGCAUCGAAUCCCAGGCCCGCCUCCUCUGUUGCGCCGCCUCAGAUGACUGCCCAGAGCUGCUGACUCCGCCCACAGGGUCUAACCCAGGUGAUAGGGUGACCUUCCUCAACUACCCGGGUGAACCUGACAAAGAGCUUCAGUCCAAGCAAAGGGUCUGGGAGCUUCUUCAGCCCGACCUACAGGUGGACGCCAGGGGCGUGGCCAACUAUAAAGGCUGCAGCUUCGAGGUGAAGGGGAAGGGUCUGGUCCGAGCCCCCACGCUCACCAACUGCAACAUCAGAUAGAAGACCUGUGGGGCUUUUAUUGUGAAAAUCCAGCCUCUUACACUUGACUAGUGGCAGCUAAAGUUUGCUUACAAGAGAUGAAGAGAUAAAUGAAAAGUGGUUUGUUUCUUUUUUUCAACAAUGUUUAUGAUUAAAAACUCGACAAAA